AUGGACUGCUCACAAAGACAGGAGCCCAUUGCCAUUAUUGGGACGGCAUGUCGCUUUGCUGCUGGUGCGUCCUCUCUAGAAUCAUUAUGGGAUAUGGUCAGCAAGGUCAAGACUGGCCACGGUGCGGUCCCCAGAAAUCGGUGGGACUGCAAUAUAUGGCAUCACCCAGAUCCAGACCGGAAGGGUGGGAUCAGUCCACAGCAUGGGUAUUUUCUCCAGCAGGAUAUUGCCCACUUUGACGCGCCCUUCUUCUCUGUAACGGCCAAAGAAGCUGCUUCUAUGGACCCAAUGAAGAGGAUGCUGCUCGAAGUAUCUUAUGAGAGCUUUGAAAAUGCUGGGAUCCCCAUCGAGACUUUGAUCAACAGUCGUACGGGCUGCUACGUCGGUUGCAUGACAAACGACUACGAAAUGAUCUCCCUGCACGACAUCUACGACAUCGGACAUCCAGCAGCAACAGGUCUAAGCGAAGCCAUGACCGCAAACCGAGUGUCCUGGUUCUUUGGCCUCAAGGGGCCCAGCUUGACCCUCGACACUGCCUGCAGCUCCUCGCUCUAUGCGCUUCACCUUGCAUGCCAGUCGCUGAGGCUUGGAGAAACAAACAUGUCCCUUGUCACCGGAGUCAACCUCCUUAUCAAUCCGAAUACCUCCCACCAAUUGACUGCAAUGCACAUGCUUAGCCCGGAGGGUAUUUCGCACACGUUUGAUGACCGUGCCAAUGGCUACGGGCGAGGGGAUGGUAUUGGAGCCAUAGUCGUCAAGCGUCUCUCGGACGCUCUACGCGACGGCGACACGAUCCGCGCCGUGAUCCGUGGCUCUGGCAUCAACGCCGAUGGCAAAACCCCCAGUGUGACGCAGCCUAGCUCCACGGCCCAAGCUGAACUCAUCAGCCAGACCUACGAGGACGCUGGCCUCGAUCUCUCGGAAACAGGAUACUUUGAGUGCCAUGGGACAGGAACGCCCGUCGGUGACCCUCUUGAACUGACCGCGAUUGCUUCAACUCUCGGUGCAGCCAGACGCGCAGCUGGAAAGCCCGCUCUCAAUAUUGGGAGUAUAAAGCCCACUGUCGGCCACACAGAGGGGUGUGCUGGUCUUGCCGGCGUCUUCAAAUCCAUCAUGCUACUGGAGAAAGGAAUGCUGGUCCCUACAUUCGGCGUGGAUCGAGUCAACCCCAAGCUCAAGUUGGACGAUUGGCAUCUGACGCUCCCACAGGAAGUCGCCAGAUGGCCCACUCCAGGCCUGCGUCGCAUCAGUGUCAACUCCUUUGGAUUUGGUGGAGCUAACGCUCACGUUAUCCUAGACGAUGCAUACCACUAUCUACAAUCAAGGGCGCUGGAUGGCAAGCACAACACGGUCAUCGGCGACUCGGGGUCAGACUCUGGGUUUGAAGACACAUCGGUCAGUGGCACAGCCCACAGCCCAUCCAAGAAGCUAUUUGUCCUGAGUGGUAAGGACCAAACUGGAGCCAAGCGAGUGGCCGAAGCCCUCAAAUCAUGGUUGCAACAAGACCCAGAGGGCAACAGUGACCCAGCUUUGCUGGAGAAUCUCGCAUUCACACUUGCCCAGCGCCGCACACACCUGGAGCAUAGAACUUUUGCAACUGCAGACUCGAUAUCUCAGCUCACAGAAAAGCUAUCAAAUGGCCUGGUAACAUCGACGCGCUCGCAACGUCAUGGCAGCAACCUCAUUAUGGUUUUUACCGGCCAGGGUGCUCAAUGGCCAGCAAUGGGACGCGAGCUUCUCGUAAGCUCUAGAUUUCGCUCCAGCAUCGAGGCGUCGCAGUCCUAUCUCGAAGGGUUGGGCUGCAAUUGGAACGCAAUCGAUGAAUUGACCAAGACACCCAACGCAAACGUCAACCGCCCCGAGUACAGCCAGCCACUCUGUACGGUGGUCCAGGUCGCACUGGUUGACCUGCUUCGCUCCUGGGAGGUUCGUCCCAAGGCUACCAUCGGACACUCGAGUGGAGAGAUUGCUGCUGCAUACGCCGCAUCGCUUCUGACACACUACGACGCCAUAAAGCUGGCCUAUGUCCGAGGGAUCAGUUCCGCCGCUGUCUCCAAGCCAGGCGCAAUGAUGGCUGCUGGGAUUUCCGAGGAUGAGGCCCAAACAUACCUCGACGAGGUUCCAGCCGGCUCUGCAGUCAUUGCUUGUGUCAACAGUCCAUCCAGCGUGACGCUCUCUGGCGAUGCUCAAGCAAUUGAUCAGUUGGAAGCCCUGAUAUCGGCCAACGGUAGGUUUGCCCGCAAGCUCAAGGUCACUACUGCAUACCACUCUCCUCACAUGGGCGAGGUCUCGCCAACUUACCUUGACAUGAUUGGCGAAAUAACACCCAAGGAGGCGGACGUGGAAGGCGAGACACCAGUGAUGUACUCGUCUCUUACCGGGUCCAUUGUCUCUUCAGCAAAGGAGCUCAGCCCCCAGUAUUGGGUCAACAAUAUGCAGAACACCGUCAAGUUUUCGCAGGCCUUGCUGGCAUUGAUAAAGCACAAAACCGUCACAGCAGGCGGCACUCGGCCAGUGCCAAUACAGUGGGGAGGCUUCCUCGAGGUUGGCCCUCACGCAGCUCUUCAAGGACCCGUGCGCCAGAUUAUCGACGCAAGUAACAACAAAUUCGCCAAGUCCGCCGCAUACGUAUCCAUGCUUGUGCGCGGCCAAGACGCAGCUGGGACGGCUCUGAACGCAGCCGGUGUGCUCUGGGCGGCUGGCUGCCCGAUUAACCUGGCUGAAGUCAACCAGCAGGCACCGACAGGGAGCAAUGGGCUUCAAAUGCUUUGCAACUUGCCCAGCUAUCCUUGGAACCACACGAAGCGCUUCUGGCACGAAUCAUACGCGUCUCGCUCGUACCGUUUCCCUCCACACGCGCGCAACGACUACUUGGGAAUGGCGGAGGAUUCCCAGAACAGCCAUGAGCCACGAUGGAGAAACUACCUGCGCAUCUCGGAAAACCCAUGGAUUGAGGAUCACAUCAUCACAGGUACUGUGCUGUACCCGGGGGCAGGUAUGCUAGUCAUGGCAUUGGAAGGCGCAUUGCGUACCGCCGACCCGUCCAGGAGUAUUGAAGGUUUCCGCAUGAACGAUGUGACGUUUGAGCGUGGCCUGGUCAUCUCCCUGGAUGAAGAGACCCCGGUGGAGACGCGCAUGAGUCUCUAUCCCGACAGAACACGACCUCAGUCAUGGGUCUUCACUGUAUAUUCAAUGACCAACGGUUCGCCAUGGGCAAAACACUGCGCCGGCGCUGUCACUGUUGUCUACGAGAAGGGAGCAAGUGAUAUCGAACAAGACAGCGGGAAUGCCUCAUGGCGGAGACUGGUGGCCUCACGUACAACACUACUCUCUGAAGCAGAGUCUGUGAAUGUCGACGUGAGUACGUUUUAUAAGAACCUGGAGGCCAUUGGCAUGCAGUAUGGGCCAUCCUUUCGCAAUGUCAAGUCCCUCACAGCAGUACCCUCGGGGAAAGCCUCGUACGGGUCCGUGGCUGUUCCAGAUACCAAGUCAACGAUGCCCAGAGGGUACGAGACCCCCCACGUUAUCCAUCCAGCAACCAUGGACUCCAUAUUCCAUUUGGUGAUUGCAUCUCUCGACGCCGGCCGACCCAUGAAACAGGCCGCGGUCCCGUAUAGCAUCGAGGAAAUUUACGUGGCCCAUGAUCAGCCAAAGGAGGCUGGGGCUCUCUACUCUGGCUACGGUCGUUUACUCUCACAGAAUGGCCACGAGAUCACCACUGAGCUGGUUGUCUCUGACGAGGACUGGACGCGACCAAAGCUUACUGCCAAGGGCUUUGCUCUUCGCCAGGUAACUUCUGAAACGGGGGUAGGGACUUCCAAUGCUGCUUCUUCUCGUGGUCCCACCAGGAAAUGCGCCAACAUCUCGUGGAUUCCUGAUCCGUCCUUCGUCAAGAGCAGCGAGCAGCUCGCGAGGCACAGUCCCUCCAGCAACGCGGCGGGGUUGGUGAGGAGCUGGCUUGACUCAGUGUUCCUAAAAAGCGCGACUAUCAGCACCCUCGUUGUCUUGUUUGAUGAGUCUGAAACCAGUAUCGAUGUCCUCCGUCACCUCAACAGACAAAGCCAUGGACCCAAGAGAAUCACUGCCCUCGCCGCAUCCGAGUCAAUCUUACAGAUGAUGAAGAGUAUCCUCGGCGAAGACAUCGAGAGGAUGACCAUCACAUAUCAGAGGCUAUCGGAGAGCCAGUCCCUGGAGACGAUGGCUAUAAAAGAUGAUGAUGUUGUUCUCGCUCUGGGUGUUCCAACCGUCCCUCAACACGCUGCCACACUGGCGAGGCUGGCGCCUCUGGCAUGCCUGACUUCUGCUAGACACCCAGGUGAUGUCGUUCCCAUUCCGCCGGAGAGUACGUGGUUUUGCAGCCUGGCAUAUGAUGACACCUAUGUCCUUUGCAGUUCAAGACCAGAUAACCCUGCAAUUGAGUUACCCGACACGGUCGUCAUCCUCCUGCCGGAAACACCAUCAAUAGCCAUCAGCACAUUUGGGACUGGGCUUCAGGGCAAGCUUGAGAGAGCCGGUCACUCCGUGUCACAGACGAAUUUCACCUUGGAGGGUGUAGCUUCACUCGCUCGCAAGCAUGUUAUUUCUCUCCUCGAAAUUGACAAGACGCUCAUCUACAGCUGGAACGAGGAUCAGUUCCACACAUUCAAGAAACUCAUCUCUACGGUUGGCCAUCUCUUCUGGAUCACCCACGGCAGCGCGAUGGAGAGCUGGUCGAACGGGAUCGAAUUUGCAACCACCCAGGGCCUGUUUCGUGUGAUGCGCAACGAAUACCCCGUUGCGGUCAUGCCUGUUCUUGAUCUGUCGGCAGCCGCUGACAUUUCAAAGCCCCAAUACGCAGACCUGGUCCUCGAUGUGUGGCGAGCGUCUCUAACCGGCGAUGGGGAAGUGGAAUACGCCGAAUACAACGGACUGAUCUAUAUCCCGCGAGCCACCGAGAAUACUGGUUUCGACUACGAGCUUCAGCUAGCAAGCAACACCGCAAGACCAAUCGAGUCAACAUUUGGCGCUGCUGCAACGCCACUGGGGGCAGCUAAGUUGGCAACAGAUCAAGGUUACAUCUGGGCUGCAGACGAGGAGGCCCAAUUACCGCUUGAAGAAGACCAAGUCGAGAUCAAGGUCGAGUACGCUGCAGUCGGGAAGGGGCAGCAGCCAUCGAACUCUCUCCGCCACGCUGUCGGAACUAUUGCCCGCCUUCACGACUCGGUCAGGACUUUGCAGCUUGGCCAGCGCGUUGUUGCCUUCUCCGAGGCUGCUGCGAGGACGCAUGUCCGCCAAAGCCAGGACUUGGUUGCACCGCUGCCAAACGGGCUCGCUGCACCAGACGCUGUUGCAUUGGUUGAGCCACUUAUUGCAGCGCAGUAUGUACUCAUUGAGACCGCUCAUCUCCGCCGUGGGCAAGCACUGCUUCUGGAUAAUGCUGGGAGUGCAGUCGGCCAGGCCAUGGUACAGGUUGCCAACGCCGUUGGCGCGGAUAUCUUUGCUCUGGUUGACAACAGAGAAGAGCGAGAUCUCGUCGCUGAGAGAUACGGUGUCUCCAAAGACCACAUCUUUGACGCUGGGCUAGAGAACUUCGUGUCACUCAUUCAAACUGCUACCAAGCAGCGUGGGGUUAACGUCGUCGUUAGCCAGCGCGCCACUGUACAUGUCCCUGGCUUGAUGUCGACUUUGAUCGACUUUGGCCAGUUUGUCGACCUGAACAAUGACAGUUCUGGAGCUCUUCUUCCAAAGACCAACGUAACAUUUUCGCGCAUUGACAUCACUACAGUAAUGCAGCGUAGGCCCGCCAUCAUUAGCACACUCUUUCAGCACGCUUUCCGAGAGUACAUCCUGCAGGGGCCGUCCCCAGUGACGAUUCUGUCUGCCAGCAAGCUCGGCGCCGCCGUUGACAUGAUCUCUCCUGGGCACUCUGUCGUGUCCUUGAACGACUCCAGCCCAGUGCUUUUGCGGCCACCCCCAGCCGAGGAACUAAAGCUUGACAGUGAGUCAACUUACGUGCUAGCUGGCGGUUUGGGCGCUCUUGGACUACACAUUGCCAACUGGAUGGUUGCAUGCGGUGCCAGAAACCUGGCCUUCCUCUCUCGCUCGGGUGGUGCAAAACAUCAACACGAUCUUCACAGGUUCACAGAGCGCUUUGUUCGAGUGGAAGCGUUCAAGUGCGACGUCAACGAUGCUCUCGGUGUUGCAAAAGUCUUCAGCGCCAUCAAAGCCCGUGGCAGCAGGAUUGCCGGCGUGAUCCAACUUGCCAUGGUUCUCGACGACAGCAUCUUCGAUAACAUGUCCUUUGAUCAGUGGCGCCGUGCCAUUGAGCCCAAAACAAAAGGCUCCCGGAACCUGCUGGCGAACAUCUGGCCUGAUGACGGGUCUUUCUUUAUUUUGCUUUCCUCCAUUACCGGCGUGAUUGGGAACACAGCACAGGCCAACUACGCUGCGGGAAAUACGUUUGAGGACGCGUUGGCUCACCACGCCCGCCACCAUCUCGGCAUCAAUGCCACCAGUGUUGACGUCGGCUUGGUCACUGACUCGGCACACUUUACCACGGCUGGUGAGUUUGGCGACCUCGAUGGCUACCUGGGUAGAUAUCAGCAUGGGUGGCGUGGCCUCCAAACAACGCUUGACGAGCUCGGGGUCGUCCUACGCGCCAUCAUGCGAGGAUCAACCACCGACGGCCAGGACCUGCCGGCCCAGGUAAUCCUCGGGUUAGAAGACCGCAUCACGCACAACAAAAGCACCGGGGGAUUUACAAGGGACAAGAAGUUUGAGCUUCGUAUCGCGGAUCCUGGUAGCCAGGCCAGCGACGGCAACGACAAGCAAGAUGUGGGCACUCUUUUGGCCAGUGCAGCAACGCUGGCUGAAGCUGCCGCAGUCGUGGAGGAGAACAUCAAGGGACUUGUUGCUAUCGCCAUGGGCGUUUCUGUGGACGACGUCGAUGGCCAGAAGCCUCUGUAUGACUAUGGUGUUGACUCGCUACAGGCCGUGGAGGUUCGCAAUCGCGCCCUGAAGGACAUGAAGAGUGAUAUCUCCGUGUUUGACAUCUUGAGUGCGAUGCCACUGGCUGAAGUCGCUGGCAAGAUUGCCGCCAACAGUGAAUUGGUCAAAGGCUCAGCGGGUGAGGAGUGAGGCAGGCAUAUUAUGUUUUUAUAAGAAUAAAUAGAAGUUGCC